AUGACUGAAGAAACAUGGGAUGUUGUUAUUGUCGGCGCUGGGCUGUCAGGACUGAGUGCUGCUCAGACUCUGCGGAAGAGAAAUGGCAAACUCAGAAUAUUAAUUCUGGAAGGAAAAGAUUACUAUCGACCUGGAGCGAAGACUGUCUCAGUUGACCUUGCUGUUAAGAUCAAAGUCAAAAGAUUAUCACUUUGCUAAUCUAACUGUUGUUGUCCCUCUUACAUCAGCACUCAGACACACGUCAUGGACCUCAUUCAGGAGUUUGGCAUGGAGGUCUACACACAAUACACUAUAGGCAAGAAAGUGCACCACGUUGGUGGUCCUCAUGCCAAGGUUCGCACCAGCAGCACCAGUAUCCCUGCCCUCUCUACACUGGUGCUACUGGACCUGUCACAGCUCGUUAUUGACAGGUUGAGUUCCACAGUGUCAGUGGAGGACCCCAUGAAGACCCCCAAUGCCCAGGAGUUGGACAGUAUGACCCUACACUCCUAAACAGAGAAACAUGCCUGGACAGAAGAGAUGUAGGAGGAGAUGGGUGUGUGCAGCUGGGUUGUGUUUGGCAUGGAGCCCAAUCAGAUGUCCUUCCUCUACUUCCUGAUGUAUGCUGCAGCAGCUGGAGGCGUCCUGUGCCUGCUGGAAAGCACCCCAGGCUCAGCACAGGAGUUCAGGGUCAAGGGGGGAACCCAGCAGCUGUCAGAGUGUUUAGCCCAGCAGAUUGGGAGGGAGAGUGUCCGGCUGGGCCAGGCUGUGACGGCCAUAUGGCAGGACGCUGAGCGGCCCAAGGUGAUGACAGCCACCCACUCCUACCUGUGCAGAGCAGUGAUUGUCACCUGCCCUCCUCACCUGGCAGCUAAGAUCCACUACCAACCAACUCUACCCAUUUAGAGAGAACACCUCACUCAGAACAUGCCUGUUGGGCACUUGAUGAAGUUCGUCAUCACCUACCAGCAGGCGUUCUGGUGUGAGAAGGGUUUCUCGGGAGAGAUAGUGGCACGACCCUCUGCGGAGUGUCCCUUGAGCGUCACCUUCAACGGCACCAGUCCCAGUGGGAGUGCUGCUCUCGUGGGCUUCAUCUCUGGCGUGCAGGCCUACGAUUGGAGCUCCAGAGAGCUGAGCGAGAGGAGGGAUGCUUCCAUUCUCAGCCUGGUGAAAUACCUGGGAGAGGAGGCUGCUAGCUACAUCCACUAUGAGGAGAAAGACUAGGCCUUGGAAGAGUACAGCGGGGGUUGUCCUGUUAAUGUCAUGGCACCGGUGCUGACAUAUUACCACCCCAGCCUCUGCACGCCCUGUGGCAGGAAAUAAACCCUGAUCCACUGGGCCGGCACGGAGACGGCCACCCAGUGGUGUGGCUACAUGGAUGGGGCAAUUCAGUCAGGUCAGAGGGCAGCCCUUGAAGUCCUAGCCAGGCUGUGCCCUUUCACCCUGACCCAGGAGGAACAGGAGGCUGUGCAGGCUGCCCAGAACCAGAACCAUGAGUCUGGACCAUGCCAACACAUACCUUCCACAUCCCAUCUCCACAGGGCUCUGAUCCUCACCACGCUCAUCAUGGCCACUGCUGUGCUAUUGGCUCAGCCACAGCUCUGCCGAGACUGGAUUGGACAGGCUCGGCCUUUAGUGCUACGGAGGUUUGCUUUGUGGCAGUAA